GCCGCCAUGGCGCCGUGCGGGGCAGCCGCCCCUCUCCUGCUGCUGCUCCUCGUCCUGCGGCCGGCGAGCGCGGGCUUGAGCGGCUACUUCGGCACCAAGUCCCGCUACGAGGAGGUGAACCCGCACCUGGUGCGCGACCCGCUGUCGCUGGGUCCCGGCGCGAUCGAGUCGCCGCCCGCCACCUGCGCUCCGCUGCAGCUCCGCGCCGUGCUCCGGCACGGCACCCGCUACCCCACGGCCGGGCAGGUCCGCCGGCUGGGCGAGCUGCACGCCCGGCUACUCCGCCGGCCCUCAGAGCCCGCAGCCUGCCCCGCCGCCGCCGCGCUGGCCGCCUGGCCCAUGUGGUACGAGGAGAGCCUGGACGGGCGGCUGGCGCCGCAGGGCCGGCGCGACAUGGAGCAGCUGGCCCGCCGCCUGGCCGCCCGCUUCCCCGCGCUCUUCGCCGCCCGCCGCCGCCUGGCGCUGGCCAGCAGCUCCAAGCACCGCUGCCUGCAGAGCGGGGCCGCCUUCCGCCGCGGGCUCGGGCCUGACCUCAGCCUCGGCGGCGACGAGGUGGAGGUCCAAGUGAAUGAUUCCUUGAUGCGGUUUUUUGAUCACUGCGCCAAGUUUGUAGCCCUGGUGGAGGAGAACGAUGCAGCCAUGUGCCAGGUGAGCGCCUUCAAAGAGGGGCCCGAGAUGAAGAAGGUCUUGGAGAAGGUCGCGAGUGCCUUGUGUUUGCCAGUGGAGGAGCUAAAUGCAGAUCUUGUUCAAGUGGCUUUUCUCACCUGCUCUUAUGAGUUGGCUAUAAAAAAUGUGACCUCCCCAUGGUGUUCACUCUUCACUGAAGAAGAUGCCAAGGUCCUGGAAUACCUGAAUGACCUGAAGCAGUACUGGAAGAGAGGGUAUGGCUAUGACAUCAAUAGUCGCUCCAGCUGCAUUUUAUUCCAGGAUAUCUUCCAGCAUUUGGACAAAGCAGUGGAAGAGAGCAAAAGUUCAAAACCCAUUUCUUCACCUCUGAUUGUCCAAGUUGGGCAUGCAGAGACGCUCCAGCCCCUGCUUGCCCUGAUGGGUUUCUUCAAAGACAAGGAGCCUCUCCUGGCCAGCAAUUUCGCCAGGCAAACGCACCGGAAAUUCCGCAGCGGCCGGAUCGUGCCUUACGCGGCCAACCUGGUGUUUGUGCUCUACCACUGCGACCACGUGAACGCCUCCAGGGAGGAGUAUCAGGUGCAGAUGCUGCUGAAUGAGAGACCAAUGUCCUUCCAUCACUCCAAUGAAACCAUCUCCACCUACGCCGACCUCAAGGACUACUACAGGGACAUCCUGGAGAACUGCCACUUCAAAGAGGAGUGUGAACUGCCCAGAGUUAAUGUGACUGCUGUGGAUGAGCUGUGAGGGUGUUCUGCUUAUUGAUCUCGGAUCAGUUCGACAGGCCCUGUAAACAGGCACUUUGAAUGAUUUGCUGCUGCUGUGUUAACUUUCUAGACUUGCAGAUUGGGUGGGUUGUCUCAGCUCAGUGUGCUGGUUCUCUGUUGCAUAAGCAGAACUACAAAAACAAAUGCUGUAACAGGGAAGUUGCUGAGCAUUUGUAACAAAUAUGUGAUGCAAGACACAAGUCCCUGUGUGUUUAUAUGUACAAAUAAGCUAAGUUCAUUGGUCAGUCCCUCUGUGAAUG